GCCACACAGCACACGCGAUCCCCCCGGACACCAGCCAGCGGGCGGCGCCGCAUAAAGGAGUCGCGUGCUGCGCCCGUGCGGAACCCUAGUCAGCCGGAUCGCUGCGUCGCUCCGCCUCCUCCUCGGCCUCCCACCCUCGCGCGGCGCCUUCCUCGGUUCUUCGGUCCAGCUUGGGAGAUGUCGGACUCCGAGGAGCACCAUUUCGAGUCGAAGGCCGACGCCGGAGCGUCCAAGACUUACCCGCAGCAGGCCGGCACCAUCCGCAAGAACGGCUACCUCGUCAUCAAGGGCCGCCCGUGCAAGGUGGUUGAGGUCUCCACUUCCAAGACAGGGAAGCAUGGUCACGCGAAAUGCCACUUCGUGGCCAUUGACAUUUUCAACGGAAAGAAGCUUGAGGAUAUUGUGCCCUCUUCCCAUAACUGUGAUGUGCCCCAUGUCAACCGUACUGACUACCAGCUGAUUGACAUAUCUGAAGAUGGAUUUGUCAGCCUUUUGACUGAAAAUGGAGGCACCAAGGAUGAUCUGAGGCUCCCUACUGAUGAAACUCUGCUUUCCCAGAUUAAAGCUGGAUUCGAUGACGGGAAGGACCUGAUUGUUAGUGUGAUGUCUGCCAUGGGUGAGGAGCAGAUCUGUGGUCUGAAGGAUAUCGGUGGCAAGAACUAGAGCUGCAUUGCCACUGUUGGUUAUUUAUCUGGUCGUCUAUCUGGAAGGUGGUGUGAUGAUGAUAUAAGCGUGUUUGGUUGUGAGUAACAUGCUUCUGGACUGCCGUUUUGUCUUGCCGUUUAUGCAGAGUGAUUUGGAUGUACCUUUGCUAUCUGUAAUGUUCUUUUGAACCAAGUAGCUUGGCUACACCUCAAUCGAAAUCAUUUGCAUCAGAUGAUAACUGGGCUUUCA